UGUAUAUUGGCCCAAUUGACAAGUGUCGAUAAUUGCGCCAAAAUAAAAUAUAUUAUGUAUUCAUAUGUAAAUAUGUUUUAAACUUUACAUAAAAUUGAAGUGUCAAUAAUUGCGCCAAUUUUCAUAAAGUUGGUGAUUUUGUGAAGUGCGGUCGGAUUUUUUCUCAGUCGUGUUAUUUUUAAAAAUCGAAAUAAAAUGCCGAAAGUUCGUAAGUGUCGCGUGCGCGGGUGUGAGAGUACCAGCGGUGGGGUACUACGUUUAUUUAGUUUCCCAAAUGAAUGUGAGUUGGCUGAAAAGUGGAAGGAGAAUCUAAAAAUUUCUCCCACUGACCACGUUCCAGCCAGCAACUCAUUCAUUUGUGAGAAACAUUUUCAAAAAGAGGCAAUUGGCCCAAAAAUGCUUAAAAGGAAUGCAGUACCUACAUUGCAUCUGGAUGAGGCCCCAACGCAAUUAUUUCAACCGGUGCGCCCGUACAAAAGUUGCUGCGUUAGCAACUGUGCCGGUGGAGCAAAACUUUUUACGUUUCCUAAAACGGAAGUUGCUAGAAAUAAUUGGCGAAAGCCACCCUGCGUGGUCGAAAACUAG